UGAGUAAAUUAUCAGGAAAAGUUUAUUUGAAAGUGAACUAAUCCUUUAAGGAAAGCCCAACCCCAUCCCACCACUAAACUUACCCUUAAUAAUGCUAUAAGCUCCACCUCAACACCAGUCUGAGACUGCUGACCUGGCCCUGCUGUCCUCACAUUACUGUGACGUAUGGCUCUCCAGUUGGUUAUUAUUGUGUCACUCCCCUAAAACUACAACUCGCCUCCCAUUUGCUGCUGCCUUCACCGCCAAAGUAUAUGAGUGUCUGAACCAGAAUACAGUAAUACAAAUGCCUCAGCAGAGCACAAGGCAAAGAAAAUUACAAUCAAAUUCAAAACCCAAUAAUCAGAAAAAUGGACCCUAGCAAUCAGUCCACAGGUGCCUGCUCAUCUGAGAAAUCAGGGAUGCUGCAGCCGACACCAUACCAGGACAAUCUUGUUGCAUAUCUUCCCUCCUUUCCAAGCCAGCCAUAUCCAGGGAAAUCCGUGGUUGCCAUGCAGCCUGCAGUUUUUGUGACCGCCGCUCCACUGGCCAAUCCAGAGCCAGAAUACCUGUGCUAUUCCAUCUUUACCAUGCUGUUCUGCUGCUUUCCCCUGGGCAUCUCUGCACUGAUUUUGUCCUCCUCCACUCGAAAUGCCAACUACUCAGGACAGCGAGUAUUAGCAGAGAAGAACUCCAAAACGGCACGCACCCUGAAUCAUGUCGGCGUUGCUAUUGGCAUUUUCUUUACUGUAUUGUUGAUUGUCUUAGAGUUUGUGGUUUUUAAGAAUUAAUAGCUAUUAGAGCUGUCAUGGUUGGAUGCAGAUUACAAACAGAUUUGGCUCUUUGCUUUUUAAAUGUUAUUUGGUCAAUGUAUCAUUAUACUUAAAACAUGUUGAUAAUUAGGUUUAAAACAUUGAAAGCUUUGACUGGCCAGCUACAUUUAUCAUGAAAGAUAAAAAGCCAAUAAAAUAAGCCAUCCACUUGUGUCUGAUGCUGGGAUCCUUCUGAAGUCUGUACAGAGAUGCAAACGAGCUGUUUAAACUGGACGCAUAAAAGCGAACUUUUUUCACUCUUCAAUAUAACAAUAUAUUAACAAAGUAUGUCCUAAUGCUAUUCUGCUACAUACUUAAAAGUAUGUACUUUUUUCACAAAAACAGUACAUAAUUUUAGGGCAUAGUAUACUGAAAAACUGUAAUACUGAUGAUAAUAAGAAAUGUACUGUAUUUAAAAAGAAAUGCAGCCUUGGUGAGUAUAAGAGACUUAAAAA